CGUGCACUCGACCACCAAACAGAUCACACAUGCUUCAGUGCUAAGACAAAAAAUUUUUUACCAUAUACAUUUGUGAAAUAUAAAUAAAGGAAACCCCUAUAGCAUUAAUUUUGAGAGUGUUGUACUACUUACUAAAGCUUUGUUAAACUUUAACAUUUAAUUAUUCAGUAAGAGACAGGCGUUAAAAUAUGACUAGAAGCUGCAGUGGUAAGAUAGAGAUAUAUAAAAACAAACAAACAAACAAACAGGAAAUGAAAGUGGGACCAUUUGAGGCCAAAAUAUCAGGACCCUAGUGUCAUAUUCGAAAUGGCUAGUCUGGACCAGAGCAAUGACAACAGUACUCUGGGAACUCUGGAAAGGCCUUGUAUUAUACAACUUUAAUUUAUCUGAAUGUACCAGGGAUCUAAAACCGUUGGGUUAUGUCCACCAAUUCAUUUUCAAAAGAGCAAUUAUGUGGACACACUGAUAUGAAUGUAAAACACAAAAAUCAGCACAUUACUUAUAACUGAAUUUUGUUAACAGCCUGAAUUGUUUAAAUCUUUUUUCCCCGUUUUAACCCAUGUAUUCCAAACGAUUCUUUACCACUGCUUGAUUGAGACACUGUAACUAUCACACAUAACAAUGUCAGAAAGAGAACCUGUCUUGUUGUUGACGCAGAGGAUGUUUGAAAAAGAGGAGUGUGGUGCACCUGCCCCCAUCUGUAACCACUGCCUUGGUGUCACGUCAGAAAAAAGAAAAAGAAAAAAAGAACCUAGUACGGUACAGGCCAGUGGAGUAGCAUAGACGUUAUCUUUAACAACGGAUACUUGCGCAUCGACUCUUUUAAUAACACAUUUGUUUUGUUUUGAUGGCUGAGUUGGGAGUUGAUUUAUAUUUUGAAAGAGAGAAGUGAGUUCUUUGCCUCCAUUUUGACAGGAAGCUAAUCUGGUGCACAGAGAUGUGGAGCUAGAGUUUGAGCACCUUAACUUUGAAGACUGCAUGGACCAAUAUUCUCUGGCUAGUAGACCCACACAAACAGAGAAGACUGAUAAGACCCAGGAACUAACAGGAGCUCCAAGGAACACCUCGCCGAUGAGCUCAGUGGAGAAUCACAACGAGCACAAGAACACAACAGGAAAGGAGACGUAUGCGCAAGACACAGACAGUGAAACUGACGAGUAGCUCAGUCCUCUAGAGAAUACAGAAAUGUCAUACAAGAAGCACAUUCAUGAAGAUGAAACAGGGAACUGGACUGAAAGACAAUUGGGCUUUGGAGGAGAUCAAACAGGAGAAGACCAGUCAAACACGGAGAGACCGAACAGCCAUGGCAACGUCCAAAAUAAAGAAGGUGAAGGUGGUGUGCCAUUUUUACAGCAGCCCAGCCCUCAAAAUCUAGACGACACAAGCGGUUACUCAGAUUCAGAUUCAGAGUCAGAUUCAGGAAAUGAAGACGUAGAAGCUACAAGACAACAACUUGUGCCAAUGGACAGAGAAGCAGUGAAAGAACUGUCAUUAUGUGCGUCUAAGAACACAGAGGGCUUCAAUAGGUACCAUGAGGAUUUAAGCCCAUUGAUCCCGACUGCAAAGGGUUUGCAAGCUCAUGAGGAGACACACAUCCAAGGGGACUUGAGGGAGUUUUCUGAGGAGGACCAAGACUGGGUUGGUGAAGGUAUUGCUGAAUAUCCAACAGAACUGGCAGACAGUGAUGGUGAUAAUGACGGUGAUGAUGAUUAUGAUGAUGAUGAUGAUGAUGAUGUUGAUGAUGAAGAUGAAGGGAAAGUGGAAGGCGACUCCAGAGCACCUGUAUGCAGAAUAGGGUAUAUGGGGGCUGACAACACACAAGAGGAAGAUGAUGAGGAAGAAGAAGAUGAUCAUGGUAAUGAUGAUAUAGUGAAAGAUAGACCCAUGCAUGCCAAACCUCAUGACUGUACAAAGACUUACAGCAGUGAGAGCACCAAGGAUGAGACAGUAGAGGAAAGGCAGGCUAUAGCAACCUCGCAUAGCCUGAGCAGGGAGAAUUCCGGUCCCCAAAGAGAGGAAGAGAGACAUGAAGAGGAGCAGGGUGUUGGCAAACAUGAUGUUGGAGUCGAUGCACUUCCUUAUGGCAGUGAAAAUGAAUUCCUCGUGGCUUCACAUUAUGUUGACACUCUGGGGUGUUGGAGCGAAGAGUUUGAUAGACGCAUGCUUAACACAGAGCGGAAUCUAGAUAUCAACAUCCGUGAACUAGACGCUCUUGACUCUGACAUUGAUCUCCCAAACGUCAGAGGCCAUGGUCAUGUAGCCAAGGCAGACAGAAGCAGUCUUUCAGGAGGGACAGAUACCAACGAAUCAGAGAGAACAUGGCCAACUGAAAUACUGUUGGACGAGGCCAGCCAACAGCACAACCAACCCCUCAGGAAUCCAUCAGGAACUUCAACACAGGAAUUCCUUGUGGUUGAACAAGACGUGACGCCAGACAGUGACUUUCACUUUGACACCAGCUUGGAACGGGACAGUCAUGCCACAGACGGAUGUGUUGGUGGUUGUCUGCUGAGUGAAGAUACAGCACAGGGAGGCAUGGAGGACAAUACAAGUGACACAUUUGGAGAGGAAGAGAGGAGCUGGGAUCAAGAGAGAGAAAGAAUUGAGGCUUUCAACCGGUUUUACAAUGAUUCAGAUGAGAACAGUAUUGAAGGAAAAGGAGAAAGGACACAUAAAGUGCACUUCUGUUUGGAACCCCAAAUCACUGAAAUCCUGGACUCAGAUUCAGAGUUUAGUAGCGACAUAGAAGCAGAGGAAGACUCAGAGGAGGACUCGGAGGUCAUUUAUGAUGAGGAGCAGAGUGAGACUGAGGAACCGCCAGAUAACUUGUUCCCAACUCAUGAUCAGGAGGAACCCCCAGAAAACACGUUCCCACCUCAAGAACAGGAGGAACCGCCAGAGAACAUGUUCCCUCCUUGUGCUCAGGACCAGACGUUACAAGAGGAACAGCCCAUGCAGGAUGAUCCAACAACUGAUCAACCAAUUGAAACAGUGAUAACUGAUCAGCCCAUGGAAACAGUGAUAACUGAUCAGCCCAUGGAAACAGUGAUAACUGAUCAACCCAUGGAAAAACAGAUGACUGAUGAAUCAGAGGAAGAAGGGAACAUAGCUCUGCAGACGGUAGACAAACGACAGAUAAUUAUUCAGUGUCAAACCUCAUCUAAGAGGAAAAAGGUAAAGCCUCUCCAGUUCUGCAUUAAUUGUUUAAAUAAAUAUUUGUCCAACACCUUCUCAACUUACAUACAAACAGACAUACACAUGUGAUGUGUAGAAGUAGAAAUGUCUCUGGUAAUAAUAAAAACUAGUAAAUGUCAUACUCCACUACUAAAGUAGGCUUAACUCAACUGCAAAUCAUUAUGUAAUUGGGGUAAAAUCAGUGAC